AUGAGCUGCGAGGGCCAGAGCUGGCACAGACCCACGGCAGUGUGUUUGUUCACCGUGUGGGUGAGCCCGAUCCCCAUCAUGGUGCUGAGUGGCUUCCGGGCGGUGAAGGAAGUGCUGGUCUCCAACUUGGAGCAGUUCUCGGGCAGGCCCCUCACCUCGCUCUUCCAGGACUGCAUCAUCUGCAGCAGAAGGCACAUGUGGUGGCAACAGAGACACUUCUGCCUGGUGACGCUUCAAGGGCUGGGCCUAGGCAAGCUGGCGCUGGAGGUGCAGCUGCAGAAAGAGGCAGCAGAGCUGGAACUUCAGAGCCUUCCGCCAGGAACUCGAUCCUUCGACCCUCAGGUAUCCAUUGUCAGCUCCACAGUCAGAGUCAUUGAGGCCCUUGUGUUUGGCCACCACUUCCUCUCAGAGGAUCCCAUCUUCCAGGAACUGACUCAAGCCAUUGACUUUGGCCUGGCCUUGGUCAGAACUGUGUGGCACUGGCUGCACGACGUGUUUCCCUGGGCCCUCCGCCACCUCCUAGGACCCCACUGGGAGAUAUUUAGGUACCAAGGGGUCAUGCGGAGCUUCAUCCGCCGGGAGAUCACCGGGAGCAAACUCAAAGCACCGGAGGCCCCCAAGGACUUCAUCAACUGCUCCCUGGCCCAGAUCUCCAAGGCCAUGAAUGAGCCUGUCUCCACAUUCCAUGAGGAGAACCUGGUCCAGGUGGUGAUCGACCUGUUUCUGGGCACCACAGCCACCACCCUGCACUGGGCACUCAUCUACAUGAUCCAGCACAGAGCUGUCCAGGGAAGCAACCGCUUCAUGUCCCCAGAUGUGGCUGGGAGUCUUCAGGACAAAGCUGGGCAGUCCUUAGCCAGGAGGGGCACCAUCAUCUUACCCAACGUGGCCUCUGUGCUCUACGACCCUGAGUGCUGGGAGACCCCUCCACAGUUCAACCCUGGCCACUUCUUGGACAAGGAUGGAAACUUUGUGGCCAAUGAGGCCUUCCUGCCAUUCUCUGCAGGGCAUUGCGUGUGCCCAGGGGACCAGCUGGCUCGAAUGGAGCUCUUCCUGAUGUUUGCCACCCUCCUUAGGACCUUUCGGUUCCAACUGCCAGAAGGGAGCCCGGGGCUCAAGCUGGAGUACAUCUUUGGGGGCACUUUGCAACCCCAGCCCCAGGAGAUCUGCGCAGUGUCCCGCCUGAACAGCCCCAGCCCUGGUCCUAGGGAGGAUGGACUGUAG